UAAAAUUAAUAGCGCUUUACGUUGCGCAGUUUUCGUUGUGGAGUCCGAGUGAUAGUGUCGUUUCCCUCGGUAAUGAAACUUUAGCUGUGUCGCAAAUUGCAAUAAAAGAUGGAUGGGGGAUUCAGAUUGAAAAAUGAAAAUCCUAAGAAAAAGGCGAAUUUCAUUACGAAAUUAUUUUUCGGAUGGAUGAUAGGAGUAAUAAAAACCGGGACAAAACAUGGGCUAGAAAUAAAAGAUUUAUUUAAAGCAAUGGAGAAGGAUAAAUCUGAAAAUUUAACAGACCGCCUAGACAAAUAUUGGACUAGCGAAGUAGCUAGAGCCAGAAAACUAAACAGCAAACCUAGUCUAUUGAAAGUUAUCUUCAAAACAUUUUGCACCGAGUUCAUGGGCUUUGGGGUGCUAUGGUUUCUUUUACACGCCGUUUUAUGGAGUUCCCAACCACUGAUUUUAGCCCAUUUAAUUUCAUUAUUUAGCGGGCCAUACGAUAAAGAAAAGCAAACUGAAAUGUACAUAACAGGAGCAGCGCUGAUUAGCAUUUCAGCAUGUAUAAUAUUCUUGUAUCACCAUUGCACUUUCGGAAUGUCCUGCAUUGGUAUGAGGAUAAGAAUCGCUUGCUCUUCUUUGAUGUACAGAAAGAUAACCAGGUUAAAUCAAAAAUCUCUCGGCGAAACCACUGCAGGAUAUGUGGUAAAUUUGCUGUCCAAUGACGUGAACCGCUUUGAUUUAGCCAUUUGGCCACUGCAUUCUCUAUGGGUAAUGCCUUUCCAGGUACCUUAUUUAACCUACAUUAUUUGGCAACAAGUCGGAGUUUCUUCAUUAGCAGGAAUUGUCACUAUGGCAAUUAUCGCUUUACCUGUACAGGGUUACUUAGCGAAAGUGUUAGGAAAUUACAGAGAUAUAAUAUCCAAAAAGACCGAUAAAAGAGUGAAACUGAUGACAGAAAUUGUAGCAGGCAUCCAGGUUAUAAAGAUGUACGCAUGGGAGAAACCGUUUGAAUACUUGGUUAAGCGAGCCAGGUUAACAGAAAUUAAAAGCAUCAAAGUAGCAUCUUAUAUUAGGGGAGUGUUCAGUGGUUGUGUCAUAUUCCUUGAAAGACUAACAUUAUGUCUAACGGUUAUUUGCUACGUCCUACUAGGAAACACUAUAACACCUUCUAUAGUAUUCUCUUUGGCUCAAUCCUUUAAUAUUCUUCAAUUCGCCAUGGCUAUUCUGUACCCUAUGGCAAUCAGUCUUGGAGCCGAAGCUUACGUCUCAGUAAAAAGGAUCGAAGAAUUUAUGCUUUUGGAAGAAAGAGAAUCUUACACUGUGGCUGAAUUAAGGGAAAAAGGAAUAAUUUUGCAAUGCAUCACGGCAUCGUGGACUGAAAGUGGACACACAACAUUGGACAACAUAAAUUUGCAGAUCCCACCAGGUAUCAUUUGUGCCAUCGUUGGACCAGUGGGAUCUGGAAAGAGUUCAAUUUUGCAGUUGCUUCUGAAAGAGCUCAUACCAAAAUCGGGAAAAAUUAAAAUCGGAGGCGAAAUGUCCUACAGUUCUCAAGAACCGUGGCUGUUCCAAUCUUCCGUACGAAGCAACAUUCUCUUCGGGCAACCCUACAACAAGACCAGGUACGAUCAAAUCGUGAAAGUGUGCGCCUUGGAGCGCGAUUUUGAACAGUUCCCGCACCGAGACCAAACGAUAGUCGGCGAAAGAGGAGUUUCACUCAGCGGCGGUCAAAGGGCCAGAAUUAACCUAGCUAGAGCCGUCUACAGAGAAGCCGAUAUAUACCUUAUGGACGAUCCGCUGUCUGCUGUUGACACUCACGUAGGCAAACAUUUAUUCGACGAAUGCAUUUACGGCUACCUCAAAGGGAAAACUAGAGUGUUGGUAACGCACCAGUUGCAAUAUUUGAAGAAAGCGAAUUUGAUAGUGGUUCUUAACAAUGGAAAAAUUGAAGCACAGGGAACCUUUAACGAGCUUUUAGAAAGCAAGUUAGACUUUACCAAAUACUUAGAGGACACAGAUGAAACUGAAAAACCAGAUAAACCAGAGGCGGUGAAGCAAAUCGAAGUCUUGAAGGAUUGUAAGAAAUCAGAGAGGAGGCCUUCCAUAAUGUCAGUACUUUCCCAAAGUACAGAUUUCGCUGUACAAUCCCAAGAAGAGGAAGCUGGAAAUGAUCCCAAUAGCAAACCUUUCAAAGAUUACCUCUUAGCCACAAGAAACUUGUGCCUUUUGGUAUUCCUGGCUGCUCUAAUGGUCAUAGCUCAAGGAGUUUGUGCAGGAGCUGAUUUUUGGGUGGCACUUUGGACAAAGCAAGAAGAUAUAAGGCACUCGCCCAACUCGACAAUCUUACGAAACGACCACGUGGAAAUUUUCCCCUUCGGACAGAACCGUAGUGCCAAUCUCAGUCAAACAGACGUAUACAGUCUCGAAGAAAGAAACUCCAAUACCCUAGGCAUCAAUUUCGACGAUUUCUAUGACUACGUGAUAGUCGAUAACAAACAGCACAGUUUAAUUAAAACCAAUUACGCCAUGUAUAUUUACGCAGGAAUAAUUAUCGGAGCCGUUGUAUUAACUAUCAGCAGAUCGUUCUUGUUCUACAAAACUUGCAUGUUAUCGUCGGUCAAUCUGCAUUCGACGAUAUUCCACACGCUAUUGAAAGCGCCUAUGAGGUUUUUCGAUACGAAUCCGAGUGGGAGGGUUUUGAACAGAUUCUCUAAAGACAUGGGCGCUAUAGACGAAGUUUUGCCGAGAGUUUUGAUGGAUGCUUUAGGGAUUGUCUUAGUCAUGUGCGGUAUUUUGAUAAACGUUUCCAUAUCCAACCCUUACAUAAUUAUUGCCAUUAUAAUAUUAGGAGCUGUAUUUAUGCUCUUCAGAAAGUGGUACAUAAAAAGUGCAAAAGUAAUUAAGCAUUUGGAGGGAAUAGCUAAAUCGCCAGUGUUUUCACAUGUCAAUUCAACUCUAAAUGGCAUCAUUACAGUAAGAGCUUCGAAAGCAGAAGAUAUUUUGAUGGACGAGUUCGAUGACCAUCAAGAUGCGCAUACUGGUGCUUGGUACCUUCUUAUAGCUUGCAUGAGCUCUUUUGGCCUUUGGUUGGAUAUGAUUUGCCUCGUUUUCACCUUCACUGUUACAUUUAGUUUUAUUUUCCUGCACAGUCUAUCAGCAGUAGACGGAAGUAUGGUAGGACUUGCGAUUUCCCAAUCAAUGAUCCUUACUGGAAUGUUACAACAUGGAAUGCGACAAACAGCCGAAGUGGUCAAUCAGCUAACGAGCGUUGAAAGAGUGUUGCAAUACACCAGCAUUGAUCAAGAGGGACCUUUCGAGACUCCACUAGAAAAAAUACCGAAAGAAGAAUGGCCUCAAGAGGGUUUAAUACAAUUCCGGGACCUUUCUCUAACGUACGUGGAAGAUGAACCUCCAGUGCUGAAGAAAUUAAAUUUCACCCUUAAUCCCGGAGAAAAGAUCGGGAUUGUUGGACGUACAGGUGCAGGCAAGUCCUCGCUAAUAGCAGCUCUCUUUAGAUUAGCUCCUCUCGAAGGAUCUAUAUUGAUAGAUAACAUGGACACUAAGGAAUUCGGAUUAAACGAUUUGAGGAAAAAGAUUUCAAUCAUACCUCAGGAACCAGUACUGUUUUCGGCUACUUUGAGGUACAAUUUGGAUCCAUUCGGCGAAUUUGACGACGCAGAAAUUUGGAAGGCUUUGGAACAAGUCGAAUUAAAAGAGGCAGUCGACUCACUAGACUUCAUGGUGGCGGAAGGAGGCGGUAAUUUUAGUUUAGGUCAAAGACAGCUGGUGUGUUUAGCUAGAGCUGUGCUCAGAAACAACAAGAUUCUUGUCUUAGAUGAAGCUACUGCUAAUGUAGACCACAGAACGGACGCUUUUAUUCAAUAUACGAUUCGAAAACGGUUUAAAGACUGCACAGUGCUCACCAUUGCACACAGAUUAAAUACCAUUAUGGAUUGUGAUAAGGUAAUGGUGAUGAGUUUCGGGAGUAUGGUGGAAUUCGAUCACCCUUACAAGUUGCUGGAAAUACCAGACGGGUAUUUCGUGAAGAUGGUAGAGGAAACGGGGCCGGUUAUGACCAUGCAGCUCAAAGAUAUCGCGAAAGAAGCUUACCUAAAGAAGCAUAACGCCUUGGUAUUGGAAGAAGGAGUUACUAAACUUUAAUAAAAUAUUGAGAUAUAUACCAUAAGUGUACAUAAUUUUCUCGUCGAUAUGUAGAAUGUGUCUGCUUUCUUUAUGUUUUAAUGUUGCAUGCACAGGAGAGAAAUGAAUAAGAAGGACUAGUCGUAUGUACUUUUAAUAAAUAAAUUUAUAAUGAAC